AUGUUGCAGUUGCAUUUUGCCAAAGAUCCAUUGCCUGACACUGUCAGUAAUGAUUUUCAGAAUCUGAAUAAAUUCAAUGAGCAGCAAUUUGUGAGCUUGACAGAGAUUCUUUGCCAGUUCUUGUUGGAGCCUAAAGAGUCGGAUCGGUUCAUGACCAAACUCUCAGAGUUUGCGGGGGAGAAUGGUAUGAGUGUGGGUCCACUCAAGGGACUUGUAAAGAACGUGCUUCUGCUCCCACACGGAGCUCUAAAGAAGAAUCUCACUGCUGAGCAAGUGAAAGAAGACCUUCUCACCUUAGGUGUAAAUGAAGACAAGGCCUCUCACUUCUCUGAUCAGUGGAGAGUCCACUACCCAGUGUUGUCAAGGCUGGCUGUUGGUCAGACUCUUAUGGUCAAUCAACUAGUAGACAUGGAAUGGAAAUUUGGAGUGACGGUUGGGACUAGUGAACUGCAGAAAGUUGGGAAUAUCUUCCUACAGCUUAAACUGGUCAUCAGGAAAGGGAACACCACAGAAAACAUAUACAUGGAGCUGACUCUCCCUCAGUUCUAUAACUUUCUGCAUGAGAUGGAACGGGCCAAAGCCAGUAUGGAUUGUUUCAGUUGAGCUGGACUGGCAGAAGCUGAGCGGUGCUACAGUGGGCAGGGUCCACCACAGACGUACAAUAAAGCAUCAGCAUGCCAGCUCUGAAAUUAGCGCUAUUCUACGGAAUCACCUAGGAACAUUCUAGAAUGAUGUUUUCUUUCAAAGACUGUAAAGAUUUGAUCAUGGUCAUGCUUUCCCUUACUAUGUAUGUGUGUGUGCAUAUGUGCGUGUGUGAAUUUUGAGUGACAGCCUUCGAAAAACAAAUUGUCAUUCCACUUUGAUAUUGUCUAUUCAUAACAUACUGUGUUUCUGUUAUGAUAAAACUGAUUUCUGUCAUACUUUUCUUAAAUAAAACACAAUAACUUUAAUAUAAUCUAGAUAACAUAUUGAGCUUCA